AUGAAGUUAAUCACCCUCUUGAACAUCCUUAUCCUCGGGGCGACGUCAACAGCGGUCGCCGCAGACAGGAACCCGCUCUCCUACGCACCCAAACCGGCGGGUACCUACGUACCCCCAAAGACCUCCAACACGACAACUCUCCUAGACUUUAUCAACUCCAGGAGCGACCUGACAGCGCUCUCCAAGGUCAUCAACGGGUCCGCGGGCUUCACGGAUGCGUUCGACACUACCCCUACCUGGGACUUCACCUUCUUCGCGCCCUCGAACGCCGCGUUUGAGAAACACACGGGACAGUACUUCAAUACCUUUACGCCGACACCAAAGGGCAAGUGGUGGCUCGGCAACCUGGUACAGCAUCACUACGUGCCUAAUUCACAGCUGCUCACGAGUGUCUUCAACGAGACUGCGACCAGGAUCCAGACGGGGUCGUACUUGUACGUUGGCACGCGGGUCAAGGAUGGACAGGUGUGGUUGAAUGAUGUUGCGGCGGUGACGGAGGGAGAUUUGAGGGUUACCAAGGGCAUCGUUCACAUCAUCGAUCAUGUCCUUGAUCCAUCGGCGCAGCUCUUUGAAGCAGAUAAGCCCAAGGCGGGCCAGAAGUUCAUUGCUGGGAGCUGCUCUGACACGUCUCUGCCAUACUGCUAG